GCCAAUGGGAGAGCUGAGGCGGGGAGGUGCGGCCAAUGGCGCGGGCCUGUUUGAUUCAAAGGUUGCCUAUAAAGCAGGCCGGCACGCCGGCUUUAGUCCUAGGGCUGUCGCGUCCGAGCGCCGCUAUGGCUCUGCUUUCCGAGGUCCUGGACGAGUUGCCCACUGCCUGCCUGUCGCCGUGCGGGCCGCCCAACCCGGCCGAGCUCUUCAGCGAAGAACGGCGUCUGGCUCUGGAGGAGCUGGUGACCGGCGGCCCCGAAGCUUUGGCGGCCUUCCUGCGACGCGAGCGCCUGGCUCGCUUCUUGAACCCGGAUGAGGUGCACGCCAUCCUGCGCGCGGCGGAGCGGCCAGGAGAGGAGGGUGCGGCGGCGGCGGCUGAGGACUCGUUCGGCUCCUCGCACGACUGCUCGUCGGGCACCUACUUCCCCGAGCAGUCGGACCUGGAGCCGCCGCUGCUGGAGCUCGGCUGGCCGGCCUUCUACCAGGGCGCCUACCGCGGCGCCACGCGCGUCGAGGCGCACUUCCAGCCCCGCGGCGCGGGCGCGGGCGGCCCCUACGGCUGCAAGGACGCGCUGCGCCGGCAGCUCCGCUCUGCUCGAGAGGUGAUUGCAGUGGUAAUGGAUGUGUUCACAGACAUCGACAUCUUCAGAGACCUGCAAGAAAUAUGCAGGAAAAAGGGAGUCGCUGUGUAUAUCCUUCUGGACCAGGCUCUCCUCUCUCAAUUUUUGGAUAUGUGCAUGGAUCUGAAAGUUCAUCCUGAACAGGAAAAGCUUAUGACAGUUCGGACUAUCACAGGAAAUAUCUACUAUGCAAGGUCAGGAACUAAAAUUAUUGGGAAGGUUCAUGAAAAGUUCACAUUGAUUGAUGGCAUCCGUGUGGCAACAGGCUCCUACAGCUUUACAUGGACGGAUGGCAAAUUAAAUAGCAGUAACUUGGUAAUUCUGUCUGGCCAAGUGGUUGAACACUUUGAUCUGGAGUUCCGAAUCCUGUAUGCACAAUCCAAGCCUAUCAGCCCCAAACUCCUGUCUCACUUCCAGAGCAGCAACAAAUUUGGUCACCUCACUGACCGAAAACCACAGUCCAAGGAGCUCACCUUGGGCAACCUGCUGCGGAUGCGGCUGGCUAGGCUCUCAAGUACUCCCAGGAAGACGGACUUGGACACAGAGAUGCCUGCAGAGGGCAAGGCAGAGCCCAAGCCCCAUGACUGUGAGUCCUCCACUGUUAGUGAGGAAGACUACUCCAACAGCCACAGGGAUGAGCUCCAGAGCAGAAAGGCCACUGAUGCUGCCACUCAAACAGAGCCAGGAGAGGGGUUGCCAGGGCUGAGUGUGAGUGAGGUGGGAACACAAACCAGCAUCGCCACCGCCUGUGCUGGGACCCAGACCGCAGUCGCCACCAGGGUAGCAUGCUCUCAAACCAUGAUUAGGUCCACGUCAGCCACCACUCAGACUGACUUGGAUGAGAACAUUCUCUUUUCUCAAGGAACUCAAUCUGCAGAAGGGUCACCAGCCUCAAAAAUGUCUAUAUCAAGAUCUUCCAGUUUGAAGUCUUCCUCCUCUGUGUCUUCCCAAGGCUCUGUGGCAAGCUCCACUGGCUCUCCCACUUCUGUCAGAGCCACUGACUUCCACAAUUCUGUCUAUCCCAAGUACCUGGGCACCCCCCACCUGGAAUUGUACUUGAGUGACUCAUUUAGAAACUUGAACAAAGAGCGGCAAUUCCACUUUGCUGGUAUCAGGUCCCGGCUCAACCGCAUGCUGGCUGUGCUCUCAAGGAGAACAUUCUUGACGGAAAACCACCUUGGCUUUCAUUCUGGCAAUUUCAGCAGAGUUAAUAUGCUUGCUGUUAGAGAUGUAGCACUUUAUCCUUCCUAUCAGUAACUGCUCCGUGUUCAGACUCCUGGUUUCCUCCAGUCUCGCAGUGGACAUCAUCAGCUUCCUGCUUUGAAAAAUAUCUCAUGUCCCUAAUUGCCUUUCUUUUACCUGGCUUUGUUACCCUUGCUGUCUUUGAAUUCUUUUUUUUUUUCUACAUAGCAUUUGCUCCUUAAGCUGUCUUUGAAUUCUAUAGGCUGUAUAUUAUUUUACAUGCUUUGUUUUUGUCAUGUAUAUACCAGUUACUGGUUUUAUGGUUUAAACACUAUGGAUACAGGUCUUUUUUUUUUGCACAAUUUUAGUACAUUCAUGCACUACGUAAUGAUGUUUUGGUCAAUGACAGACCAUGUACAUGAUGGCAGUCCCAUGAGAUUAUAGUGCCAUAUUUUUACUAUACCUUUUCUAUGUUUAGAUACAAAUACCAUUAUGUUACAGUUGCCUACAGUAUUCAGUGCAAUAACAUGAUAUACAGGUUUGUAGCCCCGGAGCAACACGCUAUACCAUAUAGUCCAGGCAUGUAGUAAGUUAUACCUCUCGGGUUCUGUAAGUACCCUCUGUGCUGUUUGCACAAGGACAAAAUUGCCAAACAAAUUUCACAGAAUGUAUCUCCAUUGUUGGGCAACACGUGACUGUAUUAAUGCCUCAUAAGGAGAAUGCUUAGGUGUUCUAAUUCAGGUGAGAGAUGAAAUAUGUUUUGCAUUUUUCUUAGGUUGUAUGCUCUUCUGUUUUAAAUGUUUGAAUCACCAGCGUUUUUGUGAUCAAAAUCCUAUUUAGAAAAACAAACCUACUUUCUGUUUAUCUCUUUAGAAUAUCUGUGUUCUUAGCAUUAAAUAAAUAUAAACUUGUGCUUUUUGUACUCCCCCCCACCUCUGGUACUCUCUCUUUAAAUCUGGGAGUAUGUCACAAAUAAAUGCAUCUAAUAGAUAUAGAUAUCUAUAUCUGAAGAUUUUUAAAGUAGUGUCAGGGUGAGGAAGAAGUAGAUGAUCCAAAAUAUAGAAGGGAAAAUAUAUCCACUUAACCUUUCUUAGCAUCGUGAAUAUUGAUGUUACUUUUAUGAGUGAGGAAAUUGGCCAGAAGUAACGGGCCUUUGCACAUGCUCUGCCUUUCUCUCCUCAAAGAAGCAGCCUGAGCUAUUUCCAUAGGUCCUUGGUACUCUGGUACUCUGCUUGUCUACCAGAGGAGGCCUUCGUAUGUUCCUGUAUCCAUCCCCAGUAUUAACCCUGGCAGCCCCAUGGGCCUCAUUUCAUCAGAUGGGUGUACUGACAGUGACUUAGCAAUCUAAUAUCCUAGAGUAGGAGCAAAAGAGGACACUGACAAUUAUCCCAGUUUCCUGGUCCAGUGGCAGGCAAUGUAACUGGUUUCUACACCCUGCUAAUUAGGGUUGGUAUGGCUGUGGAAUCCUGUUUUUGUCUCAUUCUCAUGGACAGACAAAAGGGAAGAGAGUUAAAUGAUGGCUUCCUCCCUCUUCUGAGUUGGCUACAACAAAAAAGAUCUACAAUAGGGGAAGGUAUCUGCCAUAUAAAAUGCUGAUGCACUUGGAUCAUGAGUGCUCCUACACUCACAUGUGUGGCUGGACUCCCUUAGGAUGGCCAGGUUAUUUGCUGGGUUGGUGCUGUAAUCUGUGGCUGUAAGGCAAAUGUAAGGGUAUUGAUCCAUGUCUGCUUAGAAACAACUCUGAGCAAAGCUUCGAGUAAACAUAUUACUUGAAAUCAUUUUAUAGACUUUAGUCACUUCAUAUGUGCUAUCUUUGCUCUUCACAGCAAUGUAGCAGAGAGCUUUGUAGGUUAGGUAGCUGUUACUUCCAAUUUUCAGAUGAAACUGAGGCUCUGAUUAAGUAGCAUAUUCAAUAUGACAUGGCUUGUAAAUGGUGGCACAGGAAUUUAAACACAGGUUUCUAGAUUCUAAGUACAGUACUCUGCUUUGCAACUAUUUCUCUAAAUGGAGUAUGGAGGCAGGAGACAGUGUACCUUGAGAAACGGCAGUUCCUGCAUUGGUGAAUGGAAAACUACAACAGCCUCAUUAACGUAAGUACAAAGUCUUAUCUGUGAUAAUUCUUUUUGUUUGUUUUUGAAACAGUCUUGUUCUAUUGCUCAGGCUGUAGUGCAGUGGCGUGAUCACA